UUAACAAUGGCAACAGUGACACAAUCUAAGAUUUUUGGAAACCAGGGACUUGAUAGCUCUCUAAAUAUUACUGAGAGAAGUUUCUCUAGGAGAAAACAUGAGGUUGCUCGAUACUCUAUCGGUGGGUUUGAGAAAUAGCAAGGUUAAAGUAGGAGACCUUUUAGAUGAAGAUAUCUUAAUUCCUGAGAGCUGGAAUACUAAAUACCAGAGUCUCAAUUUCAAGCACAGGCCUAUUACUGAGGUUGCUGGAGCUCCAACUGGUCAUGAAAACAGAUUUGAAUUUCGAAAAUACAACCCAGAAGUCAUAAACCAGAAAACUGAUUCUGAGGUUGGUGAUGACCCUCCAUUUGCUACUUUAAACAAGCUGCAAGCUUAUAGAAAAGAUAAACAAAAAUAAAUUUGCAGAGAGUUCCAUAGCAAAUUGGCAAAAUGAGCAUCCUUAUUUUGUUGAAGUAAAGCCAACUCAAGAAACUCCAAUGAAGAAAGACUGUAGGCCUAAAACAGUAAAGCAGAGGAACGAGGAGAGGGCAAACUAUUUUCGAGUCAAGAAUGGCUUAAACAAGCACACUCAAGGCAUAAAUUAUAGAAAUAGUGCUAACUAUGGCAAUAGUAUCUCUUUAAAAUACAUUGAAAAACCAAUAAUCAAGACAAACACCCAGCUCCAGACUAGAAGGCUGAGUGAAACCAGAAAAGAGAAUGCUAAAAUUAAGACACAAAAGAAGCUUGAAGAUUUUGAUAGAGGGAUCAUUGACAAGGAAAACAGUUAUUUUAGGAUGAAUUAUCAACCAGAAGUCAGAAGGACCAGGUCUAACCUAAUCCAGAAUAGAACGAAUAGAGAGAAUGAGUAUAAUCAAAAACACUUUAAGCUCAAAGUUCUGGGGGUAAAUGGCCCUGACAUCCCUUCCUUUUACAAAACAAACAAGGAAUGGUGGAAGAAACGUAAAGAGUAUGUAGAGAAUCCUAGGAAUAAAUCCCAAGCUCAGAUGCUCCAAAACAAUAAACUUGGUAGCAGGAAUGAAAUGAUUGUCCUAGCAGAUUUUUCUAUAAAUGAAGCUCCCCAGCAGUCAUUUAAAGAACAUGUAGUGAUGAAGAAAAAGAAGGAUGGGAUAGCUGACAAACCAAAUGCUAACAAAAAUAUUGUGAAAACAAAGAGCCGUAAAAAGCACAAGAGUAAUUAUCUCAGAUGGAGCGAGAAGCAAGGCAAGAUCAUCUCUUGUAAAGGGAGAUACUUUGACAACCUCAAAGGACAAGGGUCAUUCUCUACUGAUUAUAAACCUUUGUACUCAUCGUUUAACAAAAAUGGGGUUUUUGUUCCUCCUCCGAAUUCCAAAGAUUCUUUGAAAGAGCAAAUAGAGGAGGAUAUAAUAAACAUUAAAACUCAUGGUCAGAAUACUACUAAGGUAACCCAGCGAAAGUCGAUGAAUAAUUCAAAGAAAGAGAGACAAGGAAAGGGAAUUUCUUCAGAGAACACCUUAUUCAAAAUUUUUAAAUCAACUUAUCUAGGAAAUAACAAAAGAACCUCCCAGUACGAAGGAUCAAACAUUUCUUCCACUGCAAAGCCGACUGCUUCUACUAUGGAAAGGGGUCAGAAGAGGUGUAUGUCAAUCAGAUCAGGUGCGUUCCAGUUCUAAGAUACUUACUUCGUUGUAUAACUUACAAAAAAAUUAAAC